UGGCGUGGUCAGCUGCGGACCCCGUUCUCUUGGAUACGGGAGUUUCAGGACAAAUCAUCGAUGCCCGUGAAGGUUUAUGUCGAUGAAAUGGAGGUUGAAAGUGUCAAGAAGAAGAAACAGUCUGAAACUCCUCUACCCAAGAUAAAAAAGAGAAAAAUGCAGAAUGGGGCAACAGAAGAUCUUGAUUUGGAACAGGUGGCAGAAUCUGUAAAUGGAGAGAUCAACAACAAUAAUCCGACUCCCAAGCUGAAGAAAAAGAAGAAGCCUGUGCCACAAUCAGAUCUCUCUGAAACCGCAGAACAGUAUGAAGGAGAGCAGCCAGAUCCAAGCACUCCCAUACCAAAGAAAGUCAAGAAGAAAAAACUAAAAGAGGGCAAGGAAGAUUCAGACACACAGGAAGGGACAGACAAAUCCGAACCACAAAUGAACGGCGUAAAGAGUGUUAAAAAAUCUAAAAAGAACACAACAGGUGAUGAUAAUGAACCAACUCCUAAGAAAAGAAAAAAGGAUACAAUGGAGAUCACAGCAUCCGAGGAGUGUGAAGAAAAGCAGUUAACCAAAGAGGAAGAGGAAAUAAAUCAAGAAAAAAUAGAUGGCGACUUCUCUAAAUUUCCAAUUUCCAAGGACACCAUUAAGAAUUUGCAAGCUAAAGGCGUGUCCUACCUGUUCCCAAUUCAAUCCAAAACAUUCCACACUGCUUACAGUGGCAAAGAUGUAGUGGUCCAGGCCCGUACAGGCACAGGGAAAACAUUUUCCUUUGCUAUUCCUUUAGUGGAGCGGCUUAAUGAGGACCAACAGCCGUUGGCUAGAGGACGUGCGCCUAGGGUGAUAAUUCUUACUCCCACCAGAGAGUUAGCUAUUCAGAUCACAAAUGAAAUCCGCAGCAUCACUAAAAAGCUGAAGGUCUGUUGUUUCUACGGAGGAACUCCAUAUCAACAGCAAGUUUUCUCCAUUAAGGAGGGAUUUGACUUUUUAGUUGGCACACCUGGCCGUGUGAGAGAUCUUGUCCAAAACUACCGUUUGGACCUCACUGUUUUAAAGCAUGUGGUACUAGACGAAGUUGACAUGAUGUUUGAUAUGGGCUUCUCGGAACAAGUCGAGGAAAUAUUAUCUGUUCGCUACAAACCUGAUCCUGAAGAAAAUCCCCAGACUCUUCUUUUCUCUGCAACAUGUCCAGACUGGAUGUACAAUGUGGCUAAAAAAUAUAUGAAAAAACAGUUUGAAAAAAUUGACUUGGUUGGACAUAGAAGUCAGAAGGCUGCCAUCACUGUUGAGCAUUUGGCCAUUGAGUGCACCAGGUCCCAGAAGGCAGCGGUCCUUGGAGAUAUAGUUCAGGUCUACAGUGGUAGUCACGGAAAAUCCAUCAUCUUUUGUGAUUCAAAAUUAGAAGCUCACGAAUUAGCCACAAACUGUGGCUCAUUAAAACAGUCUGCCAAACCAUUACAUGGGGACCUCCAGCAAAAGGAAAGGGAAGUCAUCUUGAAGGGUUUCAGGCAGGGAUCAUUUGAAGUUCUUGUUGCGACCAAUGUAGCUGCUCGUGGAUUGGAUAUCCCAGAAGUUGACCUUGUAGUAUUGUACUCUGCACCAAAGGAAGCAGAUGCUUAUGUUCAUCGGUCAGGGCGCACAGGAAGAGCCGGACGCACAGGAAUCUGCAUAUCCCUUUAUGAACCAAGAGAAAGGCAUUAUCUUCGGAAUGUGGAGAGGAGCACGGGAAUCACAUUCAAACGUGUUGGAAUACCUUCCUUAUUGAAUGUUGCCAAAUCAUCCAGUGCUGAUGCAAUAAAGUCCUUGGAUUCAGUUCCAGCUGAUGUGAUUGAGCAUUUUAAAGAAUACGCCCAGGAGCUGAUUGAGAAGAAGGGUGCAUUAACUGCCCUAGCUGCAGCUUUAGCUCAUAUUUCUGGGGCGACGUCCAUUAAACAACGCUCUUUGCUCAACAUGGAAGCGGGUUAUGUGACAAUAACGUUGAAGAGCUCAGUGCAAAUUCACAACUUAAGCUAUGCAUGGCGAUCAAUUAAAGAACAACUGGGUGAAGAUAUUGAUUCUAAAAUUCAUAGAAUGUGUCUCCUGAAGGAUUCCAUGGGUGUGUGUUUUGAUGUCCGUUCUGAAAACCUGCAGUCAAUGCAGGAGGGCUGGAAAGAUACAAGGCGGUGGCAGUUUACAGUUGCAACUGAAUUACCCGCGAUUCAAGAAUCUGAGAGAAACUUUGAUGGUCCAAGGAAUGGAGGUUUUGGAGGAAGAGGGAGGAGACCUUUUGAUAGAAGAAAUAAUUCCAGAGGAGGAAGAGGAGGAGGAGGAAGAGGCAGAAAUAGAAGUGGAGGGUUUAGAAGGGGCCGUUAGUGACUCCAAACAUCCCAACAUCCCAUGUCACAAUAACUUUUUUUAAUAUACUGCCAUGUUCAUAAAUAUUCCUUCCUAAAGUAACUUGAGACAUAUUUUUAUGCAAUAUAAAACUGUGUGCUUAGCCCUUAUUAAAAUCUAUCUGUUAAAUAA